GGAAUCUGCCAUUUAACAGAGGAGUGUAUCUACCAUUGCCACACAGCAUAAUUAUAAAAUGGAGUUUAUUGGAGAAACAGGUAUCUUUCCUGUAAAUUAUAUUCACUUGAAAAAGGCAAUUGUCAGUAAUAGGGGGCAGUAUGAAACUGUGGUCCCACUUGAAGAUUCUAUUGUGACUGAGGUUACAGCAACUCUACAAGAAUGGGCCAGUCUGUGGAAACAACUCUAUGUGAAACACAAAGUAGAUCUUUUCUACAAGCUACGCCAUGUGAUGAAUGAACUUAUUGACCUUCGAAGGCAGCUACUGUCUGGUCACCUCACUCAGGAUCAGGUGCGGGAGGUUAAGCGGCAUAUCACCGUGCGCCUGGACUGGGGUAAUGAGCAUUUGGGCCUGGACUUGGUGCCUCGAAAGGACUUUGAAGUAGUGGAUUCAGACCAGAUUAGUGUCUCAGAUCUCUAUAAAAUGCACUUAUCUAGCCGGCAGAGCGUACAGCAAAGCACAUCCCAGGUAGAUACGAUGCGCCCACGUCAUGGAGAAACCUGUCGGAUGCCAGUGCCACAUCACUUCUUCCUCAGUCUGAAGAGUUUCACCUACAAUACCAUUGGAGAAGAUACUGAUGUCUUCUUUUCCUUAUAUGAUAUGAGAGAAGGCAAGCAGAUCAGCCAAGCCCUCAAUGCCAUUCCAGCCCUGCAAAGGGGAGAGAGCAUCUUCCAGACUGAAGGGAAGGUUGGUCUGAUUCCAAUUGUUACUCUUUUCCUUGGAUUGGAAGAGAGGCCACAGAACGGGUCUGAUAUGCAGCAGACCAUGUAUUUGGGCAGAGCAGUGAAGCCUUUAAGCAUGAGCAAGUGCAGCAGUGCUUUCAUCGUGAAAGGUGGGAGGAGUCAAAGAGACAUUCCAGGCUUCUGUUUCUCUACAGGCCAGCAUGGCUGUGAUGGCUAUCCUACAAGGUGUGAAUGUGAAUUAACACCUCAUUUUGGUUUGAUUUGCAUUUUAGUGGUGACUAAUGAUUUUGGCUCAGGUCAUGAUCUUAAGGUUUACACGUGCAACAAUGAGAGUGAGUGGUCCCAGAUCCACGAGAAUAUCAUCCGCAAGUCCAGCGCCAAGUAUUCUGCUCCCAGCGCCAGCCAUGGUCUUAUCAUCUCUCUGCAGCUUCUCCGUGGAGAUAUGGAACAGAUUAGGAGGGAAAACCCCAUGAUAUUUAAUAGGGGAUUGGCAAUUACAAGAAAAUUGGGAUUUCCUGAUGUCAUCAUGCCAGGUGAUAUCCGCAAUGACCUGUACCUAACCUUGGAGAAGGGGGAUUUCGAGAGAGGGGGAAAGAGUGUACAAAAGAAUAUUGAAGUGACCAUGUAUGUGCUUUACGCAGAUGGAGAAAUACUGAAGGAUUGUAUAAGCUUGGGUUCAGGAGAGCCGAACAGGAGUUCCUACCACUCCUUUGUCCUCUACCACAGUAAUAGUCCUCGCUGGGGAGAAAUUAUCAAAUUGCCCAUCCCCAUUGACCGGUUCCGGGGCUCCCACCUGCGCUUCGAGUUCAGACAUUGUUCCACAAAGGACAAAGGGGAAAAGAAACUCUUUGGCUUUGCAUUCUCACCCCUGAUGCGGGAUGAUGGCACCACUCUCUCAGAUGACAUCCAUGAGCUCUAUGUGUACAAGUGCGAUGAGAAUAGCACGUUUAACAACCAUGCUCUGUACCUGGGCUUGCCCUGCUGCAAAGAGGACUACAAUGGCUGCCCUAACAUCCCCUCCAGCCUCAUCUUCCAGCGCAGCACCAAAGAGUCUUUCUUCAUUUCCACACAGCUCUCCUCCACCAAACUCACCCAGAAUGUGGACCUCCUUGCUCUGCUGAAAUGGAAAGCUUUUCCAGACCGGAUCAUGGACAUACUAGGGCGGCUGCGGCAUGUCAGUGGAGAAGAAAUUGUUAAGUUUCUGCAGGACAUCUUAGAUACACUCUUUGUGAUUUUGGAUGAUAAUACAGAGAAAUAUGGCCUGUUGGUGUUUCAGUCUUUGGUAUUCAUCAUCAACUUGCUCAGAGACAUCAAGUAUUUCCACUUCCGGCCUGUAAUGGACACAUACAUCCAGAAGCACUUUGCUGGAGCCCUGGCGUACAAGGAGCUCAUUCGCUGUUUGAAGUGGUACAUGGACUGCUCAGCAGAACUGAUUCGACAGGACCACAUUCAGGAAGCCAUGAGGGCCUUGGAGUACCUUUUCAAGUUCAUCGUGCAGUCCAGGAUCCUGUACUCCCGAGCCACCUGUGGGAUGGAAGAGGAGCAAUUCCGGUCCAGCAUCCAAGAACUUUUCCAGUCCAUCCGGUUUGUGCUCAGUCUGGACAGCAGAAACUCAGAAACACUCCUUUUCACUCAGGCUGCACUCCUCAAUUCUUUCCCAGCCAUCUUUGAUGAGCUGCUGCAAAUGUUCACCGUGCAGGAGGUGGCAGAGUUUGUAAGAGGGACUCUGGGGAGCAUGCCCAGCACUGUGCACAUUGGGCAGUCAAUGGAUGUGGUGAAGCUGCAGUCCAUCGCCAGGACCGUGGAUAGCCGCCUGUUUUCUUUCUCAGAAUCCCGCCGCAUCCUGCUUCCUGUGGUUCUCCAUCACAUUCACCUUCACCUGAGGCAGCAGAAGGAGCUGCUGAUCUGCUCAGGGAUUCUUGGCAGCAUCUUCUCCAUCGUCAAGACCAGCUCUCUGGAGGCAGAUGUCAUGGAGGAGGUAGAAAUGAUGGUGGAGAGCCUCCUGGACGUGCUCUUGCAGACUCUGCUCACCAUCAUGAGCAAAUCGCACGCUCAGGAGGCGGUAAGAGGGCAGCGGUGCCCGCAGUGCACAGCCGAGAUCACUGGUGAGUAUGUGUCCUGCCUUCUCUCGCUGCUCCGCCAGAUGUGUGACACCCAUUACCAGCACCUCCUGGACAACUUCCAGAGCAAAGAUGAACUCAAGGAAUUCCUGCUGAAGAUUUUCUGUGUGUUCCGGAACCUGAUGAAGAUGAGUGUCUUCCCUCGGGACUGGAUGGUGAUGAGACUUCUCACAAGCAAUAUUAUAGUCACUACUGUCCAGUACCUGUCUUCUGCACUGCACAAGAAUUUUACAGAGACAGACUUCGACUUUAAGGUGUGGAAUUCUUAUUUUAGCCUGGCAGUUCUGUUCAUAAAUCAGCCAAGCCUUCAGCUAGAAAUCAUCACUUCAGCCAAGAGGAAGAAGAUUAUAGAUAAGUAUGGGGACAUGCGUGUGAUGAUGGCUUAUGAACUGUUCAGCAUGUGGCAGAAUUUGGGUGAACAUAAGAUCCACUUUAUUCCGGGAAUGAUUGGUCCUUUUCUGGGUGUGACACUGGUCCCACAGCCAGAAGUACGGAACAUCAUGAUUCCCAUCUUUCAUGACAUGAUGGACUGGGAGCAGAGGAAAAAUGGCAACUUUAAACAGGUGGAGGCUGAGCUGAUUGACAAGCUGGACAGCAUGGUGUCAGAAGGGAAAGGCGACGAGAGUUACAGAGAGCUCUUCGGCCUGCUAACCCAGCUGUUUGGGCCCUACCCCAGCCUACUGGAGAAGGUUGAACAGGAAACAUGGCGUGAAACCGGCAUUUCCUUUGUGACCUCAGUCACCCGCCUCAUGGAACGCCUUCUUGACUACAGGGACUGCAUGAAAGGAGAGGAAACAGAGAAUAAGAAGAUUGGCUGCACUGUUAACCUGAUGAACUUUUACAAAUCUGAGAUUAACAAAGAAGAGAUGUAUAUCCGCUAUAUCCAUAAGCUUUGUGACAUGCAUUUGCAGGCUGAAAACUACACAGAGGCCGCAUUCACUCUGCUCCUCUACUGUGAGCUGCUGCAGUGGGAAGAACGGCCACUUCGGGAAUUCCUCCACUACCCAUCCCAGACAGAGUGGCAGCGGAAAGAGGGACUGUGCCGCAAGAUCAUCCACUACUUCAACAAAGGCAAGAGCUGGGAGUUUGGAAUCCCACUGUGCAGGGAGCUGGCAUGUCAAUACGAGAGCCUCUACGAUUAUCAGAGCCUCAGCUGGAUUCGGAAAAUGGAGGCCAGCUACUAUGACAACAUCAUGGAGCAGCAACGCCUGGAGCCUGAGUUCUUUCGAGUCGGCUUCUAUGGCAGGAAGUUUCCUUUCUUCCUUCGGAACAAAGAAUACGUGUGCCGGGGCCAUGACUACGAGAGGCUGGAGGCCUUCCAGCAGAGGAUGCUCAGCGAGUUCCCACAGGCGGUCGCCAUGCAGCACCCCAACCACCCUGAUGAUGCCAUCCUGCAGUGUGAUGCCCAGUACUUGCAGAUCUAUGCGGUGACGCCCAUUCCAGAUUAUGUGGAUGUCCUGCAAAUGGAUAGGGUCCCAGAUCGCGUCAAGAGCUUCUACCGUGUCAACAAUGUGAGGAAGUUCCGGUACGACAGGCCUUUUCACAAAGGCCCCAAGGACAAGGAGAAUGAAUUCAAGAGCCUGUGGAUCGAGCGUACCACACUGACCCUCACCCACAGCUUGCCUGGCAUCUCUCGGUGGUUCGAAGUGGAGAGGAGGGAACUGGUGGAGGUGAGCCCUCUGGAGAAUGCCAUCCAAGUGGUUGAGAACAAGAACCAGGAACUACGGGCCCUGAUUAGCCAGUAUCAACACAGACAGGCACAUGGCAACAUCAAUCUGCUCAGCAUGUGCCUGAAUGGCGUCAUUGAUGCCGCUGUCAAUGGAGGUGUCGCAAGAUACCAAGAGGCCUUCUUUGACAAAGAUUAUAUUGCCAAGCACCCAGGAGAUGCAGAGAAGAUCACCCAGCUCAAGGAGCUCAUGCAGGAGCAGGUCCAUGUCCUUGGAGUUGGGCUCGCAGUUCAUGAGAAGUUUGUGCACCCAGAGAUGCGCCCUCUGCAUAAGAAGCUAAUUGAUCAGUUCCAGAUGAUGCGGGCCAGCCUCUACCAUGAGUUUCCGGGUUUGGACAAGCUAAGUCCUGCAUGUUCAGGCACCAGCACCCCACGGGGAAAUGUCCUAGCAUCCCAUAGUCCCAUGAGCCCUGAGAGCAUCAAGAUGACCCACCGGCACAGCCCCAUGAACUUGAUGGGCACAGGUCGCCAUUCGUCAUCCUCUCUCUCCUCACAUGCAUCUAGCGAAGCAGGAAACGUGGUGGUUCUGGGUGACAGCUCCAUGGGCGAGGCUCCCGAGGAUCUAUACCACCAUAUGCAGCUCGCGUAUCCCAACCCCAGGUACCAGGGCUCAAUCACCAACGUCUCUGUUCUGUCCUCGUCCCAGGCAAGCCCUUCUUCCUCCAGCCUGAGUUCCACUCACUCAGCACCAUCCCAGAUGAUUACCUCUGCCCCUUCCAGUGCCCGAGGCUCUCCCUCUCUGCCAGAUAAGUACCGCCACGCCCGGGAAAUGAUGUUGCUGCUGCCCACACACCGGGACCGCCCGAGCAGUGCCAUGUAUCCAGCAGCCAUCCUGGAGAACGGACAGCUGCCAAAUUUCCAGCGGGCCCUGUUCCAGCAAGUGGUCGGAUCCUGCAAACCCUGCAGUGAUCCCAAUCUGUCUGUGGCUGAAAAAGGUCAUUACUCCCUACACUUUGACGCCUUCCACCACCCCCUGGGUGACACCCCCCCGGCCCUGCCUGCCCGGACUCUGCGCAAGUCUCCUCUCCACCCUAUCCCAGCCUCCCCCACAAGCCCCCAGUCAGGUCUGGACGGCAGCAACUCUACACUGUCUGGCAGUGCCAGCAGCGGCGUGUCCUCCCUGAGCGAGAGUAACUUUGGGCACUCCUCAGAGGUCCCACCUCGAACUGACACCAUGGACUCCAUGCCGAGCCAGGCCUGGAAUGCAGAUGAAGAUCUUGAGCCACCCUACCUCCCUGUCCACUACAGCCUCUCUGAGUCCGCCGUUCUGGACUCCAUCAAGGCCCAGCCAUGCCGAAGCCACUCAGCACCAGGGUGUGUCAUCCCUCAGGACCCCAUGGACCCACCUGCGCUGCCACCCAAGCCCUACCACACCCGCCUGCCAGCCCUGGAGCACGAUGAAGGCGUGCUGCUACGUGAAGAUGCUGACAGGCCUCGGGGCCUGCACCGCAAGGCCUCGCUGCCCCCAGGGAGCGCCAAGGAAGAGCAGGCCCGCAUGGCCUGGGAACACGGCCGAGGGGAACAGUGAGGGGCAAGGAGGCGGCUGGGACGCCGCCCUCUGUGAGCAGCUUGCCCAUCCACUCCAGGUCUGAAAAGCAAGUCCCCUCGCCAGGGAGCCAGAGAGGCCUGGCACUCAGGAGAGAACCACCCCGAGUCUACGUUCUACUGCCGUGAACUUGUGUGUUGCCAUGUACAGAGGCCGCAGCAGCAUGAAGGGUUGUGGCUUCUCUUUUUAUUUCAUUUUCUACGUUUCCAUUCUAUGGGUUUUCCUUUCUUUCCUUUGUGCAGUAGAUGCUUUCUUCCUCCUGCAGUUCCAGACCACGUGGAGCUAUAUGGAGAUAUUGCACAGAGAGAAUUGCUUUGCAGCUUUGCAGGGCCCAGGGGUAGGCGCUCCAGGCCCUCCCUCCAGGGCAGAGAUGCACAGAAGAAUGGAAA